UAUCCUCCUUUGUCCGUGAGAAAAGAAGUUCCCAAGAAGAGGACACACCACAAAAUGAAGAAGGGUCUCCUCAUUGUGUUGCUCAUCAUUCAGAUCCACUACAAUGUUGUUGUCAACGGCAAUGAGUUGGAAUCAGAGUUCUCAUUUGAUUCCCAUGUGGCCAGAAUGCUCUAUGAUGUGAGUCUCUCUGUGUCUGGCAAAACAGGCAAUAGAUACAACAAAGCUGUUAGAUGUCCACAAAGCAAAGGUUACCGUAGCUGCUUGCCAUCCAGAAAUGGACGACGUGGCCCUAGACAACGUUGUGCUGAUUUCACUAGGGUUUGCUAAAAACAUGUUUCAGUCUUGAUAAUUUCAUUUCUCAUUUAAAGCUUGUCAUAUGGCAUGGAAUGAAUCUCAAGUACGUAGUUUAAUUUCCCUAUAUUGUUGUAAUAAUAUGAAUUUGUAUGUAAUGAUUAAUGCUUUCGGAUCAUGUUUAUAUAUGGUGAUUUAUUGUAUGUUUAUCAAAUGUUGAUGAGAAUAAUUCCACGUGAGAUGGAACAGUUUAUGAGAAAUAAAUAUAUUAACUUCAAGGAUUUAUGGA